AUGGCUCUUCAGACCUGUUCAAGAAAAUCUAUCUUCGGCCAGAUUGUGUUUUGGUUAAUAAUUGGACCUUAUGUCACCGAUCAAAGCUCUCUGCCAUUAAAAUAUGAAGCUCCGGACGACUGUCAGUGGUGGCUGAAAGGACCCAAUGAGGCCCACGAGGUUUCACUCACGUGUAAACUUCGUACGAUAAACAGUGAAUUUGAUACAACAAAUUUUAGUGUCAUCCCAUCAGAACAUACAACCUCGUUACGAAUAGAGUGUAACGAAGAAAUGAUGUACAAAAGUUCCUUAGAUGAACGUAGUUUUGCACAUCUAAUUAAACUCCGUGAACUUGUGUUAGACAAUUGUAAAAUUGGAAGAUGGCCGCCUGGUGUACUGUCGGGACUAAGAGACCUUCGCAAUUUAACCAUUAGAACUAAAAACACUGAGUGGGCUGCUAUGAGUUUAGAAAUCGCAUCUGAAAGUUUUACAGCUGUAAGACAGUUGGAAAAGUUAGACUUGAGCUAUAAUAAUAUCUGGUCGUUCCCGGAAAACUUAUUCUGCCCUUUGACUAACUUAGUUUACUUGAACGUGUCUUCAAAUAGACUACAAGAUGUAAGUGAUUUGGGUUUUAGAGAACGGGCUAUGCAUCAAGCUCUUAUAAGUGAACAUGAAGGCCCUUCACCAUCGUCGUCCACUUUACCACAUACAUCGUGCUCUUUGGAUAUCGAAGUAUUAGAUGCAUCGGUAAACCAAUUUGUUCUCAUGCCAGAAAAUGGAUUUAUGGCUCUACGAAGACUUAAAGAACUUCAUAUUCACGACAAUGAGAUAUCUAUGGUCGCCGACAAAGCUUUAUCCGGUUUGAAACAACUGCAAAUAAUUGAUCUUUCCAAUAAUAAAAUAGUGGCAUUACCUCAAGACUUAUUUCGGGAUUGUAGACCAGUGAUCAAAGAAAUAUACUUACAAAACAAUUCUAUAAGUGUUCUUUCACCAAGUCUUUUUGCAAAUUUAGAUCAAUUGUUGGCCUUAGACUUAUCAAACAACCAUUUAACGAGCACUUGGAUAAAUGAAAACACGUUUACUGGUCUCAUAAGGAUGGUACUAUUAAAUUUAUCUAAUAAUAGAUUGACUAAAUUAGAUCCGAAAAUAUUCAAAGAUCUUUACACACUUCAAAUACUAAAUAUACAACAUAAUAUGUUAGAAUCAAUUGCUGCAGACACAUUUGCACCAAUGAAUAAUUUACACACUUUAAUACUGUCGUAUAAUAAAAUAUCUCAGAUUGAUGCGUACGCUUUAAAUGGAUUGUACGUUUUAUCUUUACUAUCUAUUGAUAAUAACCACCUGGAAGAACUUCACCCUGAAGCUUUUCGGAAUACUUCUUCUCUACAAGAUUUGAAUUUAAAUGGAAAUCGGUUGAAAAAAGUGCCGACAGCUCUUAAAAAUAUGCGUUUAUUAAGAACCCUUGAUCUAGGAGAGAAUCAGAUUAUGUCGUUAGAAGAACCUGGCUUUGUAGGUUUACAUAAUGUAUAUGGAUUACGUCUUAUAGGAAAUAAAAUUGAAAAUAUAAGCAAGGAAGUUUUCACAGAUCUACCUUCCCUACAGAUUUUAAAUUUGGCGCGAAAUAAAAUAAAACACAUUGAUAUGGAUGCCUUUGAAACAUUAUCAAAUUUACAAGCUGUCAGAUUAGAUGCUAACCAACUCAAAGAUAUCCAAGGCCUUUUCGUAAAUAUACCCUCUCUUCUGUGGUUGAACGUGUCAGGUAACCAAAUAGAAUGGUUUGAUUACGCUGUGAUACCAGUUGGACUUCAAUGGUUAGAUGUUCACAGUAAUAACAUCAAAGAGUUGAGAAAUAACUACCGUUUGGAUAAAGAACUACGGUUACAAACACUAGACGCCAGUUUCAAUUUAAUGACGAAAAUCUUUACUUAUUCUAUCCCCAGUAGUAUCGAGCUCUUGUUCUUAAAUGACAAUCAAAUUACACAAGUUGAAGCCCAAACUUUUGUAGGAAAAACCAAUUUAACGAGGGUCGAUUUGUAUGCAAAUCAGAUAACUAGUAUGGACCUUAAUGCUCUUCGUUUGACGCCAGUUGAUCCUGGAAGACCAUUGCCAGAAUUUUAUAUCGGAGGAAAUCCUUUUCAAUGUGAUUGUACGAUGGAAUGGUUGCAAAGAAUAAAUAAAUUAGAUCAUUUAAGACAACAUCCUCGAGUUAUGGACUUAGAAAGUAUAUACUGUAAGCUACUAUAUAACCGUGAAAGAACUUAUAUUCCGCUUAUUGAAGCGGAAUCGUCUCAGUUUUUGUGUACAUAUAAAACUCACUGUUUUACUUUGUGUCAUUGUUGUGAUUUUGACGCUUGUGAUUGUGAAAUGACGUGUCCGUCGAACUGUACGUGUUAUCACGACCAACCGUGGUCAGCGAAUAUUGUGGACUGUUCCGGUGCUGGCUAUGCUGAAAUUCCCAACACUAUACCUAUGGAUGCAACUGAGUUAUAUUUGGAUGGAAAUAAUUUUGGAGGCUUAACCAGUCACGCUUUUAUCGGACGUAAAAAUUUAAAAAUAUUAUAUGCAAAUAACUCUAACAUAGACGCACUUUACAAUAAUACUUUCAGUGGACUAAAACGGUUAACCGUUUUACAUUUAGAAAAGAACAACAUAAAGGAGUUGUUAGGAUUUGAAUUGUCGCCUCUUGAGAAUUUACGAGAGUUACAUCUUCAAGACAAUAAAAUACAUUAUAUCGACAAUCGAACAUUUAUGGAGUUAAGGCAUUUAGAAGUACUUCGUUUAGAAGGUAACAACAUUUACAGUUUUGCUGUCUGGCAAUUCACGAUGAAUCCAUAUUUAGUUGAGAUAAGUCUCUCACGAAACCCGUGGUCUUGCGACUGUCAGUACAUGCAUAAAUUCCGAAAUUGGUUUAAAAAUAAUCUUGGCAAAGUUGAAGCUUCAGAUAAGAUCACAUGUAUAUUUGACAAUGUAACAAAUGCUAUUGGACCAUUAAUGUCUGAUUUUAACUCAACUAUCUGUACAAGUCACGUAGGUGGAAGUUCAUCAAUCAUAGAAAACCAAGUUAUCAAUGACUAUCUGCCAUUACUAUUAAUAUCACUGUUUGUAUUCGUGAUGAGUUCCGCUCUUAUUUGUGGAAUAUUUUAUUGGAGAAGAGAACUCAGAGUGUGGGUUUACUAUCAUUGCGGAUUCCGAAUGUGCUAUAAAAGUACCGCUUUCGACGACGAGGCCGACAAAGAUAGGUUAUUCGACGCCUACAUUAGUUACAGCGUGAAAGACGAAGCAUUUGUUGCUCAAAUGUUAGCGCCCGGCCUAGAAUCAACGGACCCAAGUUUCCGGCUUUGUCUUCAUUACCGCGAUUUUAAUGCAUCAGCCUACGUAGCGGACACCAUUAUUGAAGCAGUUGAAUCUUCAAAGCGAACUAUAAUAGUGCUGUCUAAAAAUUUUAUUAACAACGAAUGGUGUCGAUUUGAAUUUAAAACGGCACUUCAUGAAGUUCUUAAAGAGAGACGAAGAAGACUGAUAAUAAUAUUACUGGGUGACUUGCCGAAUAGAGACAUGGAUCCUGAAUUAAGGUUGUGUUUAAAAGCGAACACGUGUAUUGAGUGGGGUGAUAGACAAUUUUGGCAAAAACUAAGGUUCGCCAUGCCUGAUCUGCGGAAGUGUCAGUAUCAUCGUUCAACUGUGAACAUUUACGCGUCAGUGUCACCUGUGGGGGCCGGGCGUGCGCCAGCGCCGACCCCGCCUCCUCCUCCUGGCAAGCUGCCACCUCUGCUGGCUGAUGGGCUAGCUGACAGGCUUGGCAUGCCGACCAGCGUACACCGUGAUCAUCAUACCCACCGAAUGCCUCCACAUGCUCAGCUGUGGGCAUGA